AUGACAGGAUAUAAUCAAGAAGCUAUUACUGGUGAAGUUGUUGAACAAUGGAUUACUACCAAAGAUGGAGUUCCUAUGUACACAAAGACUUGGAAGGCAAUCUCUUCACCGAUCGCAACAGUGAUUUUUAUUCAUGGAUUUGGAGAACACAUUAGUCGUUAUGAUUAUGUAUUUUCCAAAUUUUCCAAUAAGAAUAUUGAAGUAUUUUCUUAUGAUCAACGAGGAUUUGGGAAAACUGCGGUUAAAAAUAAAAAUCCGGGAGAACUGGGGACUUGGGAACAGAACUUAAAUGAUAUCACCGAUAUCAUAAUAGCUCAGAGGAAACCAGGAAUUCCUCAAUUUUUGAUGGGUCAAAGCAUGGGCGGCGGUUUAGGAUUACAUUAUGCCAGUUAUGGACCAGAAAAGGAUAAUUUGGCCGGUUUCGUCAUUAGCGCUCCAUUUAUUACACUUAAAAAAAGUUAUCCCACAUUAUUUAAACUUGGUAAAUUUUUUAAUAAGAUAAUACCAAAUUAUCACAUACCACUUCCUGUGAAGCACAAAGAUAUGUGUCAUGACCCAGUGAUCCACAAAAAAGCUCGUAAUGAUCCAUUGUUUAGUGCGAGUUGUCCCAUAAAUAGAAUUAUAACCAUGAUAUACGAGACAAAAUCAUUAUUAGAAAGUAAAUACGUAACCAUAACUUCACCAAUUUAUAUUUGUCAUGGAUCAGGUGAUCCAGUUACUUCCCACGAAUCAUCAAAAGAAUUAUAUGAAAAGAUCCCUUCCCAAGAUAAAACUUUUCGUUUAUGGCCGGGACUUCGUCAUGAACCGCAUAACGAAUUUGAAAAGGAUCAGGUCAUCGAUGAUUAUCUCCAAUGGAUUCUUGCCCGUGUAAAUGCAUGA